AUGUUCCAUUUCACACCGCUGCUGGGGGCCCAGUCGGACUCCUCGGCUUGUCAGAGUUUGCUAGAACUGGACAAUGGAAUCAAGAUCCUCGUUGAUGUGGGUUGGGAUGAGACUUUUGACGUGGGAAUGCUCACGGAGCUGGAGCGGUAUACACCGUCCAUCGACCUGAUCCUACUCACGCAUCCGACACUUUCGCACAUGGGAGCAUAUGCCCACGCCUGUAAACACAUACCCAACUUUUCCUCGAUUCCCGUAUACAGUACCUUUCCGGUCUCCAACCUCGGUCGCCUCCUCUUGCAAGACCUAUAUCUUUCCACUCCAAUAGCAUCAACUCAUCUCCUAGAAACCUCCUCUGCCUCGAUUAAAGCCGAAGAUUUUAGCGCACCACCCGCAGGUAGUUCCGGCGAACUUCUAGAGGGCGCACUGAAGCUUCCGCCAACCAGCGCUGAGAUCGAUUCGUACUGCACACGUAUAAUAACACUAAAAUACUCACAACCAACACCACUGCACUCGGCGGCGGCGCGCGUGAGUGGGAAACUGGGGAGUAUUACCAUAACGGCGUAUUCAGCUGGUCAUACGUUAGGCGGGACAAUAUGGAAGAUUCAGCAGGCGCAAGAAUCGAUUGUUUAUGCUGUGGACUGGAACCAUUCCCGUGAGAACUGUCUUCGCGCCGCGGCGUUCCUAUCUGGUGGUGGUGUACCUGUCGAGACUUUGGGGAGGCCUACUGCACUUGUAUGUAGCUCUAAGAACUCGGAGGUCACAAACAUUGCGGGAGGAAGAAAAAAGAGAGAUGAGAUGCUUCUUACAGCUAUUCGAAAGACAGCCUUAGAGAGAGGAGGAACUGUGCUCAUUCCCACGGAUUCUGUGGGAAGAGUAUUAGAGCUUGUCUAUCUACUAGAACACGCGUGGCGGAAAGACCCAGUGCUCUCAUCAAGGGCAAAGGGGAAAGGUAUAGGUCUUUACCUGGCUGGAAGGCGUGUCAAAAGGUUAGGACAGGUUGUUGGAAGUAUGUUGGAGUGGAUGGACGAAGGAGUCGUGAGGGAGUUUGAAGCCAUUGCCGGUGGGGAGAAGAGAGGCAAUCGAGGAGGAAACAACGAUGAUAAGAACGGCAAGGAUGGCAACAAGGCGGGGCCAUUUGAUUUCACACACCUUAACCUGAUCUCAACACAGGGUCACUUGUCGAGAGUUCUCAACGAUGGCAGUGAGCGUGGUAGGGUCAUCAUUGCAUCAGAUUCGAGUUUAGGGUGGGGCUUCAGUAAAGAAGUCCUUAUUAAACUAGCCAGCGACGAAAAGAACCUAGUAGUUUUGACUGAGCGCGCAGACGGUAAAGUUGGCUGGGCCGGUGAUCUCUGGGAUGAAUGGAAAGAAGGUGCCGGGUAUGGCGGUGAAGAGAAAAAGCCAGUUGCUGGACAAGAAAUUCUCAUGAAUGGAAAAAAGGCUCAUGUUGACAUCCCCCACCGUGUCGUUCUUGAAGGCGAAGAGCUCGACUCAUAUACACGGCAUAUGGCAGCUCAAGCUGCCCUCACCUCCCAACAUGCAUCUCUCGUCUCUUCUUCUGGGCUGCCAAACGCCGCUGAAGCCGAUGAUGAUGAUGCUUCCUCUUCUUCGGACGACGACUCUGACUCUGAGAGGCAAGGAAAGGCUCUCACCACUGCCAAUAGCAAGAAGAUCUCCGCCGCAACUGUAAUGCUCGGCGGUGCGAAUCCAGCAGGGUAUGCAGGCGGAAAGGUCGAAAUUGGAGUCAACAUCCUCCUCCGAGGCAACAAUGUAUAUGACUACGACGUCCGCGGUGCAAAGGGCCGUAACCGUAUGUUCCCCUUCGUGAUGCGGCGAAGAAGGGUCGACGAAUACGGUGAGGUUGUACGAGCAGAGGAAUACAUGCGCGCCGAAGAAAAGGCUGAAGAAGAUGCCAUCGACGAAGUAGACGCGAAAGAGGAGCGCGUUAUGGGAAAGAAAAGAAAAUGGGACGAGGAGCAGAAGGCCGGCACAGCCGCAAGGCGUCUAUCACGAGGCGCCGCAGAUGCUGGAAAGAAAAGAAAAAUGGGCAAAUUCAAGAAGGGGACUGCAGGCGGUGGCGAUGACGACGGCUACGAACCCGACGACGGUGAGCCAGAAGAAGAUGAGCCGGAGGAAGAUGAUGGCGAAGAUGAGGAAGCGCUAUUGACUAUGCCAAGUAAAGUCACAUUUUCUACGGUUGAGGUCGAAAUGAGAGUCCGCGUCUCAUUUAUUGACUUCUCCGGCCUCCAUGACUCGCGUUCCCUUCGCAUGUUGCUACCACUCAUUAAACCCCGGAAACUCAUACUUAUUGGCGGCCGGGAAGUGGAGACCAAAUCGCUCGGCAAUGACUGUAGACAUCUCCUUAGCGGUCGUGGCAUCGCAGGCCGCGGGGAUAGUACGACUGGGACAGAUGUAUACAUGCCAUCCAUCGGCAUAAAGGUCAAUGCUAGUGUAGACACCAACGCCUGGACUGUGAAGCUCUCUGAAAACCUAGUCCGUGGUCUCAAAUGGCAGAACGUACGCGGUUUGGGAGUCGUUCAUGUUGUUGGGCAUCUCAUGCGUGCAGAAGAUAGCAAAGCCGGCUCCACAGACGCGGAAGAGCGAGGAAUGAAGAAAUUGAAGACUGAGGCAUCCCCUGACGCUGAAGGCGAAAAGAAGGCACAAAACCUGGUGCUUGAUGUACUUCCUCCAGUCCUUGCCGCUGCGACAAGAAGCGUUGCGCAGCCUAUCCAUGUUGGCGAUAUCCGUCUUGCGGACUUAAGACGAGUGCUGCUGGAUGAUGGGCUUACAGCGGAGUUCCGGGGAGAGGGAACCUUAUUAAUUGAUGGAGUAGUAGCAGUGAGGAAAGGUGGCGUAGGAAAUGUUAUCAUCGAGGACGGAGGUGGCGGUAUGCUAAGGAGAGGAAAGGGCAAGGGCAGCUUUGUAGAUGUGAGAAGGCGUGUUUAUGACGGACUUGCUGUUGUAGCAGGCGGCUAA